GAGCUCCGGGUGCUCGCAUGGAAGAGAGAAAAGAAGAAUGAUGGUUUCGGCCUCGAGAGAGAUUCUCUCUCCCCCCGCCGGAGCCGAUGAUUUCUCCGGUUGCCGAUUGCUCUGUGUUUGCUUCUCUUUGGUCACUGAAACUGGUUUACCGCGUUUGGUUUCUCUUUUUCUUUCUUUUCUUUUUGGUUCUGCUGCCUUCCGCUUCUGCUCUGCUUCUCGAUCUCGUUACCUUCCAUGUAUGUAUAUAUAUGUAAUCCAUGGCGUCUCUCUCUCUUUAUCUCUCUCGAUCUCUCUCUCUCAACACGAGGCAAUGACGAUGAAACGAAUCGCUUUUCUCUCUUCCGCGAGCUUCCGGUUCGGGAUUGGCGGAGCUGCCUGUUUCGCGGCUGGGCGACGCCGGAUGGCCGGGGUUUUCCGCCGGCAACCGGUCGGCUCAGCCAUGGACGGCGGAGCUUCCCGUUUCCGAUCGCAAUUCCAUAUCUGAGCCUCCGUCUCCGAAAAGAACCCACGGUAAUCGACCUCCUCGAUUUGGCCGCGUUUCGGCAAACUACCGAAAGUGCCCACGGUUUGCCCAACAGAGAUGCCUGAUCUCCCGAGGGUAGAACUGGAAUAUCCACCGUGGCAGUGUAGAAAUUGCCUGCUCGCUGUAGAUCUGGGAGAGCGAUUCUCUCUCUCAAUCGGAAUGAGGCUCUACUCUCGGAGAAGCGGACACGGUUGCCUCCGUCUCUCCGAAAGACUGCGGAGCCGAUGAUUUCUCCCGCCGGUGAUCGCCCGGUCGGUAAAAUCAACAGUCCCUAACAACGGUGAGCGAGCGGAUCUGGUCCGCUCUUUCCUCGUCGUCGUCAUCAUCAUCCUCAUCGCCAGCGUCGUUUCGUUCCAAACGGAACUGCUCCCUUCCUUUCCCUCUCUCGAUUCUCCCAACUUCUGUUGUUACUUACUACUACUAGUACUGCACUUCCAGCUUCCUCUUCUUCUCUUCUCGUAACAUUGGCUGUGAUGAGAUUUCUCCUGCCAUUGUUUCAGAUGGUGAGGACGUUCUCACUUCUCAGCGGCUGUUUGGCGUGGCGAUCUAGUUGCUUAAGCUGCCCUGUUUCGCAGCCAUGGCCGCCGAGGUAGUCCUCGCCUUCUAUGGGCUACAAUGGCGGAUCUGAGCCUCUUCUGGCGAUUCUCAGUUGCACUCCAUUGCAUUAAAAAUCUCCAAUUUAAGUUUCCAAGUCCUGAUUUUAAGAUAAUUUGGGCCAUUUAUUAUACAAUUUGUUUGCAUGCUUGCUAGUAGAGGCAUAGAGGGGAAUGCAGCUAUGCGAUUGUGAAUGCUGUAGCUUCUAGCAACAUUUUCAUGGUCAGGAACUCAUGCGAUGGCUCAUAUUUGGGCAGGGUCUUUGGAUCACAAGUUAAUGUCUCCGUACCAAAAUAGUCUGAAAUCUGCGAGCUUUAGGCUACCCUGGCCCCCGGUUGUGUGUUCGACAGCUUCGAUGUCGCGAUGAAGCACUUGAUUCACGGGACAGUAAUGUAGGCCGGUCAAGAGCUACCUCAGGUAGCAGUAGUUCAGCUGUCGAUGGCUGUUUGGCACUGUUUUGCAGCCAUGGCCGUGGCAGAUCUUCCUUUUCCUUAUCUUGGCUACAAUGGUGGAUCUGAGCCUCUACUAAUUUGUCACUGCUCACUAGCUAACAGUCUUCAAUUUAAGUUGACAGUACAGGUUGUGAUUUGUGAAUGCUGCAGCUUCUGAUGGUUGGGACCCAACAUGUCUUAAUGGGCUGAGAAAGAACGUGGGCUGGUUUGGUGUUGCAAUAAACUAAGCUCCUGGCCCAAUAUGAGCCCGAUAAGGAGCUGCACCUGCAACAGCGGCCAGCUGGGGGAUUAUAUAAACACCGAGAGCUGCUCGAGCAUCAAUCAUUCAUUAGUUUAAGUAUGAGGCUUUGCUCUCAGGGAGAGAGACAGAAUCGCCGUCGGAACUUAUUCCGGCGACCUGUCGGGAAUCUCUCUCUCUCUGGUGGCGAGCGAAGGCAGUGAUUACUCGCCGCCGGUGCGCGGUUUCUGCCGUCACGUAGUCCGUUUCUUCCAAGGUUGUCAACCCGGUUUAGUUCCCGAAUUGGUCACUGAAAUUACGUAUAUGUACAUACACACACACACAGACUGACAGACAUAUAUAUAUGUUCUUUCUUUCUUUCUUUUCGCUUCAUCGACCUUUGACUCUUCCUCUCUCUCAUUCUCGCCUGAGGCUGUGAGGAACGAUUCUAUCAGACUUGCUCGGAGACGGAGAUAAGCAAAAGCUGGAUUCAGUUACCUGGCAUGGCCGCUUCUUGGAGGGAGCGUCGGAGUGGGAACUCCUUUUUAGGGUUUCCCCGCCGCCGCCGCCUCCUCCUUUUUGUCUGCAGCCAUGGCAGCUGGUGAUUGUUGCUUCUCUGUUUCGGGUUGGUUCUCAAUGUCUGAUUAAAGGCGAAUCUGAGCC